AUGACGUCCACCCAGCUGGCCUGUGCCAACAACCCCUGCGAGGCCAAGUGUCCCCAGCCCUUGGCCACCAGCAGCAACGAGCCCUGCGUGGUGACCUGCGGCGACUCGCGGGUCAUCAUCUACCCGCCGCCCGUCGUGGUCACCUUCCCGGGGCCCAUCCUCACCACCUACCCCCAGCAAACCGUCGUGGGAUCCUCGGAGGCUUCGGAGGUGGCCCUGGCGGAGCCUCCCAGCGCGGCCCCUCUGCCCUCGGAGGUGGCGGGCAGGUUGGAGGCGGCCGCCGACAAACUCCCUGCCCAGGCGCUCGCCCGGCCCGAGCCCCGCUGCGCCCCCAAGUAUUCCUACACCUACUCCUCCCAGUGGACGCAUCCCUGCAAUUCCUACCGCUCGGGGAAACGCUGGACUCACUGA